AUGCCAUUGAUCAAUAAUGAUAAAUUAUACCUCAACUUUAUUUCCACAGUUAUCAAGACUCAUUACGAAAGUAAAUAUGUGCCCUUGGAAGAUAACCAAAAAAUAAGGACUUUGAAAGUCAAUCCCAAUGCAACGAAAGUUCCACUAGUAAUGAUUCAUGGCUUUGGAGCAGGUUUGGGUUUCUGGGCUAUGAACGUUGAUGCCCUCGCUAAAGAAAGGACUGUCUAUGCCAUUGACGUGCUGGGAUUUGGCCGCAGCUCCCGCCCUCACUUUAGUUCAAAAGCAGAAGAGGCCGAAAGUCAAUUUGUGGAGUCAAUAGAACAAUGGCGACAUCAGGUCGGCUUGGAAAAGUUUGUACUUCUUGGACAUAGUUUUGGUGGUUACCUUGCAAGUUCCUAUGCUCUAAAACAUCCGUCCCGAGUUCAACAUCUAGUCCUGGUGGAUGCUUGGGGUUUCCCUGAGAAACCCUCAGAACUUGAGUUUACCAUACCUUGGUGGGUUAAAGCUUUGGCCACAGUAUCAAGGUUCUUUAAUCCAUUUGCAGGAAUCAGAGCUGCUGGUCCUUGGGGUAUGUAAUUUCAAGCAAUUCCAAAUAAUUCUUGAUUUUUGACUAAUUUCUAACGUGGUUGUUUUUUUCUAGAAUUUAAAUCAAAACAAUUUGGCAAACGUAAACCCUUGUUAUUUUAUCACCAGCAUCAAUAAAUUAUUGGGUGUUGAAGGAAGUUUUCCCAGAGCACUGCAGCUAAGACCCUGAUACCCCUAGCCUUUACCAGACUAUAUUCAACUGGGAUUGUGCCACCCUACCUAUCCCAGACUGUAGACCUGAACCAGAAACCCUUUUUCAGACCAAAUCUCACUGCAAUCCCAUUCCUGACCAAACUGCUUUAAAAUUAAUACCCUUCACAGCAACAUAAUGACAAUCCCCUUUCUGAGGCUUUUAAUAAAAAGCCAGCCACGUUGAUUGUUUUAGCCAGAUUUAUUUUGAGGCUGCAGUUAUAGAAAUUGACGAUUUUGGUUUCCAAAAAAAAAAAACUUGCUAGGCAGUCAGGAUUGUACAGAUGACAAAGUCACACAAUAACAUUAUGUUGCCGUGACAAUUGGCAUCUUUUUGUGGCUAUAAUUAAAUAGACAAUAGUAUUGUACAUAUACAUGUAAUUUAUUGUUUUUUUAUUAUUUUAUAUAUUCGGUAGGUCCAUCACUGGUUCAGAGGUUUAGACCAGACCUUCAAAGAAAAUACUCAAGACUUCUAUCAGAUGAAUCAGAUGACACAAUCUUCAAUUACAUCUACCACUGCAAUGCUCAAAAACCGAGGUAUGUACUCUAAUUUUGGCAGUUUGUAAUAGUCUGCAGCGUGCAAAGAAAGUGCUGUCCAAUAGCCCGGGGCUAGUGGAUUUUGCUAUUGGGCUAGUGAAUUCUGUUUUUAACUUGCCCGAUGGGCAAGUGAGGUUUUUUGAGGAAUGUGAAUAACAGAAGAACUGUGAAAUCAAUUCUGCUAGUCAAAAAGCUUUUGGGGCUAGAUGAAAUGACGUCUGGGCUAGUAAAUGCAGCUUCAGCUUGCCUGAAUGGAAAGCUGUAAAAAUGAUUUUCUUUGCAGCCUGAGUCUGUCAAGCAAUAAUGCGCAAGACAAUGUUAUUAAGAACUUUGUGACUCCAGCUGACUCCCUCACUUGCAAAUGUGACCCCUCUAGCCACUUACUUGGAAGGAAAGGUGGAUACUUUAAGACCCAAAGGGAAUGCAAAGAAUGUUCUGUCUCCAUCUCUGGAUGUUUUGUCAUCACUUCCUCCAAUUAUCCAUUAGGAAAGAAAAUAAUCAUAAAUUAUUUUAUUUUAAUAACAGAAUUUUGCUCUUUUUUGGUUAGUGGGGAGACGGCUUUCAAGAACAUGAAUGUUUCUUAUGGCUGGGCCAAGUUUCCUAUGAUCGACAGAAUUUCCGACGUGGACAAAAACAUUCCAAUAACUAUGAUCCAUGGUAGUGAAUCAUGGAUUAGCGUUGAGAGUAGUUAUCAAACUAAGUAUUUGAGAAAAGAUAGUUUUGUGGACAUCAGAAUCAUUGUAGAUGCUGGACACCACGUUUAUGCUGAUCAGCCUGACAAUUUUAACAAGCUUGUGGACAAAAUUUGUCGAAAAGAGGAUAGAAAGACAAAUGCAGUUACACACUAA